GUUUUGAGAGUACGCUCUGCGGCCGCCAUUUUGCUCAGACGUCGCAGCCGGUAGUGAGUGAGGAGCCGAGACGUUCACGGUGACUGGGCCCAUGGUUCUACUACAAACGUUAUAACCCACAAACUGCUGCCAGACAUAUCAUACAGGUAUAAUUUCUUUUGACCCGAAAAUGUCACUAAUCAUCCGGCUGCAGGGUCUUUCUGCUGUAGCAGAUUCUUUUGACAUUCGGCAGUUCUUUUGCGGAUUGAAUAUUCCCAGAGGAGGCGUGUACAUCACCGGUGGAAAAUACGGUGAGGCUUAUAUUGUAUUUGCAACUUACGAAGAUGCUCGGUACGCCUUGGGCCUGUCAGGCCGUCCUCUUAAGGAUUCAUAUGUCCGCCUCACGUACAGCAAUGAAGAGGAAAUGAGACGUGCGUUGGAGCUGUACCAAAUAGGUCUAAAGCCAUCAUUGGGUGCUUCAAAUUAUCCAGAGGUUAAUUCAAGAGGUCUUGGGAGACCAACAUUUUCAUAUAUAUACAUACAUGGGAUGCCAAUCAAAGUCACAAAAGUGGAAUUACGAGAGUUUUUUAGAGGACUCCUCGUGGAAGAUGUCUUGUUUUUGAAAUUUGUAAAUGGAGUUAGGAAUGGAAAUGCCAUUGUCAAGUUCGGAAGAAGCACUGAUGCUACUGAAGGGCUGAAACUCCACAAUCUAGCCCUUUGUGGUUCACCAGUGACUCUCAAGCUUUCUAGUGAGCUUGAAUGGGCCAAACAUGGUGGAGAAAAUUCUGCAAAGAGGCAACGGUCUCCUCCUCCACGUUUCCCUAGCUAUGCAAGGCGACGGAGCAGGACCAGGUCCAGGUCAAGGUCAAGGUCCAGGUCCAGGUCAAGGUCAAGAUCACCAGUAAAUAGAAGACGACGACGUGGAUCACCUUAUGUGCGUGAAUACUUUGUGCAUCUUAUUAAUUUGAGUUACAGAGCUGAGAAAAAAGAUAUCAAGAGGUUCUUUUUUGAUCUUGACAUGAAAGACUCUCACAUUAACUUUCUAGUUGACAAAGAAGGUAAAAGGACAAGAGAAGGUUUUGCUAUGUUCACUACCGAAAAGGAUUAUAGAAGAGCGCUCAGCCUGAACAAGGAAACCUUCAAGGGCCACAGUAUAAAUAUAUUACCGAUCUCCAAAAGGGAUAUGCUGGGACUGAUCGAUCGUAUGAAAGUCAGAGUUUGUAAAGAUCGCUCAGAUAGGAAAAAGUCUCCAAGUCGGUCCUCUAAAGAACAGAAGUAUCUAUAUCUGCGAAAUUUUGCUUUUAACAUCACCAAAGCUGACGUUCAGAAAUUCUUUACUGAGCAAACUUUGAAAGAGGAUGACAUUACUCUGUUACUUGACAGUAAAGGCGUCGGGCUUGGGGAAGUAUUGGUAAAGUUUGCCAAUGAAAAAGAGGCAUCCAAAGCUGAAAAACAAAAUAAGCAAACAUAUCUAGGGAUUAAAAUACUCUUGAGCCGAAUUACCGAGGAACAAAUGAAGUCGUUACAGACGGUUAAUCAAGCGGAUGACGACAUAGUCACCGAAGCAGAUGAUCCUGAUUUCACUUCAGAUGCAUUACCCAAUUUGGUUACCGUUGCGGAUGCUCCACCGGAGAAAACCAAUGGCGAGUCCCCGGCGCCAGACUCCAGUGAAGUAGAUAUUCGCUCUGAAUCGGAAACUGUGCCACCUUCGGAUAAAGAACCGGAAGUCACACCAGAGACCGAUUCCGUACAGGAAGACCCUAUGGUUCAGAGCGACCUUCCAGAGGAAAAUCUAGAUGAUGCAAAUGGUUGUGUCGAGGAAAUGCCCUGCGAGGCCGAAGCCACAAAGAAAAGUGAAGUAACACUACUGUUUGUUAGGAACUUGCCCUCUUCGGUCACUGCUGCCGAGGUUUUAGACUUUUUCCAUGACUACAAAGUGAGCUCUGUGAAUCUGAAAAAUAUUGAAAGAGGCAUCGCCACAGUGCGCAUGCCAAGUUACGCAGAAGCCGAAUCUGCCAUAAAUACCCUUAACAAGAAAGAAGUGGGCCUUAAGCAGGUGUUCCUCAGUUUAAUUUGAGUUCUGGUGCAGUUUCUUUGGUAAGUCUUUGCCUUUGGUAAUUGCCUAUUUUCCAACAUUGGGGGUUGUAUCCAAUUCCAGUUUUGUUAAUAUUGGAUAAAAAUCUAAAUCCUGGAAUUUGUACAAAGUGAAAUAAGAAAGGAGUUUUUUUUUUUUUUUAAGCACAGUUUAUUGUAGAUUAGCCUAUAGCACAUGUUGAGUGUCAGUUAUGAAAAUUGUUUUUUUUUCUAAUGUCAUUUUGGUAGGACUUCACCAAAUUUUCUCUGUUGGAAUUAAAAUUGCUUUAAUGAUCACAUAUGAGAGGCAGGAUGUAAGCUAAUGCUUUAGUUGUAUUUUCCAUAGCUUGCAUUUUGAGGAAUAGUUAGUUGGAAGCAGACGGACUAUGGACAUCACCCCACAGAUGUUAUGUGUACAUAGGAUUAUUAGUCAGCAGCCAGUGCCUCGUGAAAAUGCGAUGUUUGCUUUGUAUAAAUAAAUGUGAAAGUUGGAACUUAA